AUGCGUGACUCCCUUAUCAGAGAUCGCAUUGUUCUAGGUGUAAACAACAAUGCCAUCAGAAAAAAGCUCUUACAAGUUAGAGGCCUUACACUUAAUCAGUGUAUAGAUACCUGUAGAAGCAAUGAAGCCACAACCUCUCAAAUGAAAGCUAUUUCUGGCUCGGAUGCCGUUCAAAAACUCGGCGAAGAAGCCAAGCAGCGCCGAAAACCCUCACGAAACUGGAAAAAUGAACGGAAUGUGCCAAAGAAACCGCCUGGUAAACCUCAGAAGAAAUGUCUCUUCUAUGGAGGCUUACACGUGCUACUGAAAGAUAAGUGUCCUGCUUGGGGACAGAAAUGCUCCGUAUGUGGCGGCCGAAACCACUUUAAGAGUGUCUGCAGAAAAUCCAAAUCACGCGAAGUUCACAGGAUCUCUGAGACGCCUGAGGAACUCUCAUCAGAAGAAAGCGACAUCGAGUUUCUCGCUGGAGUUGCUCCAGAUUAUAGGGAAUCUGACGUCCAUGCUGUAGGGUUCGCCAAAGAAAUUUAUGCCGAGAUGCUUAUUGAUAAGAAAAAGAUCAACUUUCAGAUUGACUGUGGUGCAGCAAUCAAUAUCAUUCCGGCGAAACACGCACAAGGUCACGAAAUCAAGUAG